AUGGCAAAAUCGUCCCGGGUCCAGGUCCCCCAAAACUCGCCAGUUGCGUCCACCCAAGGGACCUCUCUACGUGCCGCUGCCUUGCGCCCGACCGAGCGUCCUCAGAAGACUUCUCCUCCAUCCCCCCCUCGCAGUAUCCAUGGCUCCCUUGACAGCUUGAAUGAUGGCAGCGAGGAACCCCAGCCGGCCCUGACUCGUCGUUCCACCAUCGAGAGUGCGGUGAGCGAUGGCAUUAGCAAGCUGGCUCAGGAUGAAUGGAUGAAGCAUGAACAUCUUGGUGAAGUCACUGGUCUUCCUACAAGAGAUCACUGGAAGGCGGACUCAGCCUCUCCCAACUGUGACUCGCCCACAUGCCGCUCCUCGUUCGGUCUCUUCCUUCGUCGCCAUCACUGCCGCCACUGCGGUCAUGUCUUCUGUUCUUCUCACACUCCCCAUGUCGUCCCUCUCGACCAGGAUGCUCGCUUCCACCCCGAAGGCGUCCCCUCUCGGGCCUGUGACCUGUGCUGGCAUGCCUUCCAGCGCUGGGAGGAGUCGCGCAGCGAGCGUCUCAACAAGAUCCAGACCUUGAUCGAGGCACAGAACAUCAAAACUGAGGAAGCGGCCGAGGAGACCACGGAGCAUGUGGACAACAUCGAGGAAGAAUCCAGGAAGGCACUCACUGCGAUGCUGGGUCAGAGCACCGAGAUUGCCGCCAGCAUUCCUCGCGGCUGGAACUGGAGCACCUUCUAA